AGGGUUAUAUAAGUGUCGCUUGGGUUCGCUUUGUCCUUUGCUUCAUCGCUUUUUUCCAUGUUCACUCAGUCCUGGAAAACGAUUGCACUCUCCUUGCUUCUAGCUCGCUUGGUAACAUUGGUCCUGUACCGAUUGUUCUUCCAUCCUCUCCGAAAAUUCCCUGGACCGUGGCUCGCCUCUGUCACCAAGUACUACAGGGGAUACUAUGAGAUUUUUCGUGACGGAGGUUGGCUGGACCAGCUAGAAGUAUUGCACCAGCGGUAUGGUCCGGCUGUCAGAGUCGCUCCAAGCGAGCUUCACUUCAGUGAUCCCGAUGCUUACGACGACAUCUAUGUGACUUCAAAAAUACUCAAGGAUCCCACGUGGUACUUUACGACGUCGCCAGCUCCAGGAUCAGUGUUUAGUGAGAUUGAUCCGAAGGAAGCUGCAAAGAGGCGAUUCAAGCUUGGUUCAUAUCUUUCUCGGAAAGCUGUCCUACGACUAGAGGAAGUUGUUCAAGCAAAGGUGAAUAAACUCGUCAAGAUAUUAUCAUCGUACCCUACGCCACCGGAUAUACACUUCGGCUUCCGAGCUGCAACCUUCGACAUCAUCUCGUCCUAUGUGUUCGCGCAAGAAAUGAAUGCACUCGACUGCCCGGACUUUAAGCACCCAUUCCUCACUGCUAUGGACGACAUUUUUCGGACCGCGUGGAUCCUUAAAUAUCUUCCCUUCCGUCUCGACCGACUUCCCGAAUGGAUCUGUCGGAGGAUCGCCCCCGUCACUAUACCACUAAUUGAGGAACGGCAUUAUAUUGCAAACAAAAUUGAUGAACUAGCAAUUAACGUUGACCACCAUGACCCGGAGGAGAAAAAGGCAAUUUUUGAUAUGUAUCUCAGGGAUUCUUCGCAUGGUCUUCCCAGAUGGAAGCUCAUCGACGAAGGUGCUGCUUUCCAAAUGGCUGCGACUGACACGACAGCAAACGCAUGUUUGCAUGGGACAUUCCAUCUCUUGAUGAAUCCGGAGAUUCUUGUCAAGUUGAGGAAAGAACUGGACGACGCUUGGAAGGACGCGGAAGAGGACAUGAAGUAUGAGCAACUCGAGGGACUUCCGUAUCUCGGUGCCGUUAUCAGAGAAUCUUUGCGACUGUCCUGCGGGAUAUCCUCGCCUACGCCCCGGCUGGUCGGAGAGCAGGAGGUGACUAUUGCAGGCUGUACGGUACCUCCAGACACGAUCGUCGGCUGUGCCUCGUACAUAGUGCACUCGAAUCCAACUCUCUUUCCGGACCCGCACACAUUUAUUCCAGAACGUUGGUUGGGCGAAAACUCACGCAAGUUAGAGAAGCAUCUCGUGGCAUUCUCAAAGGGACCCCGAAUCUGCUUGGGUAUCAACUUGGCCUGGUGCGAAAUGUAUCUCAUUCUCGCUAAUAUCUUCCGCAAGUUGGAUUUUGAGGCUUAUGAGGCGACACCGGAAAGUGUCCGGUUCAGGGACUACAUUCUGCCUCUUUUCCAUGACCGCCUUCAUGUGCGAGUGAAUGGCUUGAGGACCUGAAGAAUGCGCUGUGUUCCCUCGACUCGAUCAGGCUAUGCGAAAAAGAAACGUCGUCAUAUAUAUUAAACGAGGAUAGACUAUAUUUAUGUCGUACGGGAUACGGUUGAUAACAGUCGUGCAGGAUAUCGUGGACUGAGGACAAUCCUUUGUCUAUGUAUCAAUUCAGUGGCAACUCUAUCCGAGGAAAUCGUGUAAAUGUACUUCUAUGCGUAGUUCACAAUUCAUCAAAUUUCAG